GGGAAAACUAUAAUCAUGGCAAAGAAAAGUAAGUUUAACGAAGAAACGUCAUUGUGCGAAUGCGAUACAAAAAAGUCACGAGGGUACGCAAGAUACUACGACGCUCCAGAUGGAUGCGAUAUACCUACCAAGAUGAUGGUGGCCAGUCGCUAUGGCGCUGUGGCGGGCCUCAUCUUUUCCUCGUUCGACAUCUUGAUGUAUUCUCACGCCCAUGGUUUUCCGAGAAUGAUGGGGCGGUACAUGUAUCACACGAUUCCUAUUACUCUGAUGGGGGCUACGUUCGCAGCCGUCUCCAACGCAGCCCACAUAAUGCGCGAUAAAGACGAUGUCCUCAACUACUUUCUUGGUGGACUUGCAUGCGGGCCAAUCGUUGCUGCAUAUGUGGGUUCGAUGCACGGGUUAGUGGUCGGUGGCUUAGCGCUGGGUGCGAUAGGCGUAGUCAAAAAGACUGCCGUUGACAACGACGUCACGUUGAUACCCGACAUUGUACCACACAUGGGUAGUGUAAACAGUUGGAGGCAUGAUUACACGUUGAUGGCUGAUCCUAAGCCCGACGUCCUCAAGGCGUGUCAGCUCUCUGGGAGGACAAGCACGAUUGGUCGACCUUGAAAUUAGUUGUAUUAAGAAUUUGAGUAUCAUUAGAUUGCGUUGUACUAUAUUAAUGUCCACGAUUGACUGAUAAAUUUGAUCUUAUCAUCAUCAUAUAAGCCGGAAGACGUACACGGCUGAACAUAGGCUUGCCUAAAAUAUUGCUAGACUAGCCGGUCGGAAGCGACGUGUAUCCAUCGGUUAGACACUGAACGCCUUCCGGUUCGUGGUUUCCAUUUGAGAACCUGUCUGUCCCAACGGCCGUCCUCACUGCCACUUUAACUUGCUAAUUCCUUGGCUAUGCCCAUUGACUUACAAAUGGACGACGGGUCUAAUACAAAAACCACGAAAAAAAUGUCCCAGGUCAACCUAUUUAAACGUAGUGACAUGUAAAGGAAUAUGAAAAAGCUAAAACG